GGGAGGCAAGGGAGGAAGGAAGGAAGGGGAAGGGGGCAGCCUGGCACUCAGACUCGGAGGCGGCCGCCGGGCACCGGCAGAGAAGCCAGCCCGGGCGGAGCGCGGCACCCAGCGGCCGCUGAGGCCGGGCCGGCAGCAGUAGCAACGGCGGCGGCGGUGCCGGAGGGAGCCUCUCCGUGCUGGGCUCCGUGGUGCCGGUGACCUUCCCGGGGCUGCUCGCCAGGCCGGGGCAGGGCCUCCUCUCCCCGCGGAGAGUGGUGCACCAGGCCCCGGGGAGAGGACAGGAGGCCGGGCCGGAAUCCCCCAUCGCCCCCGGCUCCUUCUGGCCGCCGGCGGGGCCUGUGCGCCGCGCGGCUCGGCGCCGCCGGGGAGAGGGGCGGGGGAAGGCAGGCGGGGCGGACGGACGGACGGACGGGGCCGGGCUGCCCAUCAGGAGACCGCGGAGCAGGGAGCGGGCAGGCCCUGGAGAGACAGCUGGGCGGAGGAGGAGGCAGCCACCUCGGCGGCGCAUCCCGGGAAGAGUGGGGACCUCCGCGCCGCCUUCCUCCUCCGCCUCCCACCGUCAGCAGCUCCUCGUCCCGCGGAGAGUGGAGCCGCCGGUGCCGCCCCGGCUGGGACCCGCCAGCUGACACCUCCGGAGCGCCGGGCUGCGGGGACGGAGCUGGAGCUGCCCGCCUGGAGCGAAGGAGGGGGAAAGACCGGGUUGAGCGCCCGUCCCGGCGGCCCGGGAGCCAGCCGGGGGAAGGUGUCCUGUGACGGCCGUUGAUCAGCAAGGCUGCAAGUCAUGUAGAAGUUGCAGUAACUGCAGAUUCUCUGAUGGAUAAUUGGAUUGGGAGUAAUAUGUGGGAGGCCGUGGACUAUUUGCUUCCGACAUAGGAACAGCACUGGGUUGGGAAUCUGCACUCCUGAGAGAAUGCUGGGAAUCUGCAGAGGGCGACGGAAAUUCCUGGCUGCCUCUCUGACCGUCCUUUUUGUCCCAGCCAUUACAUGGAUUUAUCUGUUUGCUGGGAGUUUUGAAGAUGGGAAGCCAGUGUCGCUGUCUCCACUUGAAUCCCAGCCCCACAGUCCUCGGUACACGGCGUCGAGCCAGCGGGAGCGUGAGAGCUUGGAAGUCCGCAUGCGGGAGGUGGAGGAGGAGAACCGCGUCCUUCGCAAGCAGCUCAGCCUGGCACAGAGUCGCAGCCCCUCGCACCACCAUGGCAAUCACUCCAAAACCUACUCCAUGGAAGAGGGGACGGGUGACAGCGAGAGCCUGCGGGCUGGCAUUGUGGCGGGGAACAGCUCCGAGUGUGGGCAGCAACCAGCAGUGGAAAAAUGCGAGACCAUCCACGUUGCCAUUGUUUGUGCAGGGUACAACGCCAGUCGGGAUGUUGUCACACUUGUCAAGUCUGUCUUAUUUCACAGGCGAAACCCACUCCACUUCCACCUCAUCGCAGAUGCAAUUGCCAAACAGAUCCUGGCGACUCUCUUCCAGACAUGGAUGGUCCCUGCUGUGCACAUAGACUUCUAUGAUGCAGAUGAGCUCAAGUCGGAAGUGUCUUGGAUCCCCAACAAACACUACUCUGGGAUUUACGGGCUGAUGAAGUUGGUUCUGACUAAGACUCUACCUUCCAAUCUUGAGCGAGUCAUUGUCCUCGACACAGACAUAACAUUUGCCACUGACAUUGCUGAGCUAUGGGCCGUCUUUCACAAGUUCAAAGGGCAGCAGGUUCUUGGCUUGGUGGAGAACCAGAGUGAUUGGUAUUUGGGCAACCUUUGGAAGAAUCAUCGGCCCUGGCCAGCGCUUGGGAGGGGCUACAACACAGGGGUUAUCUUGCUGCUUCUCGAUAAGUUACGGAAGAUGAAAUGGGAGCAGAUGUGGAGACUCACGGCAGAGCGGGAGUUAAUGAGCAUGCUGUCCACUUCACUGGCAGACCAGGAUAUCUUCAAUGCAGUCAUCAAACAAAAUCCCUUCCUUGUCUACCAGCUCCCAUGUUUCUGGAAUGUGCAACUGUCUGAUCACACCCGCUCCGAGCAGUGCUACAGAGAUGUGUCUGACCUGAAGGUGAUUCACUGGAACUCACCAAAGAAGCUGCGAGUGAAAAACAAGCACGUGGAGUUUUUCCGCAACCUCUACCUGACAUUCCUGGAAUAUGAUGGGAAUUUGCUGAGACGGGAACUCUUUGGCUGCCCCAGCGAGGCAGAUGUUAACAGUGAAAAUCUCCAGAAACAGCUAUCUGAGCUGGACGAGGAUGAUUUAUGCUAUGAAUUUCGUCGAGAACGUUUCACUGUCCAUCGCACUCAUUUGUAUUUUCUACAUUACGAAUAUGAGCCUGCUUCAGACAAUACCGAUGUAACACUGGUGGCUCAGCUUUCAAUGGACAGGCUCCAGAUGCUUGAAGCCAUCUGCAAACACUGGGAAGGUCCAAUCAGCCUGGCACUAUAUCUUUCUGAUGCAGAAGCCCAGCAAUUUCUGCGCUACGCCCAGGGCUCCGAAGUACUUAUGAGCCGCCACAAUGUUGGCUACCAUAUCGUGUACAAGGAGGGACAGUUCUACCCUGUGAAUCUGCUAAGGAAUGUGGCCAUGAAGCAUAUCAGCACACCAUACAUGUUUCUGUCCGACAUUGACUUCUUGCCCAUGUAUGGACUCUACGAGUACCUCAGGAAGUCCGUCAUCCAGCUAGACCUGGCUAACACCAAGAAAGCUCUGAUUGUACCUGCUUUUGAGACCCUACGCUACCGCCUCUCCUUCCCCAAGUCAAAAGCAGAGCUGCUAUCUAUGUUGGACAUGGGAACCCUCUUCACAUUCAGGUAUCACGUCUGGACGAAAGGGCAUGCGCCAACGAACUUUGCCAAGUGGCGAACAGCCACCACCCCUUACCGCGUUGAGUGGGAAGCAGACUUUGAGCCAUACGUUGUUGUGAGGAAGGACUGCCCGGAGUACGACAGGCGGUUUGUUGGAUUUGGCUGGAACAAAGUAGCUCACAUCAUGGAACUGGAUGCGCAGGAGUACGAGUUCACGGUGCUGCCCAACGCCUACAUGAUCCACAUGCCGCACGCCCCCAGCUUCGACAUCACCAAGUUUCGCUCCAACAAGCAAUACCGCAUCUGUCUCAAGACCCUGAAGGAGGAAUUCCAGCAGGAUAUGUCGCGCCACUACGGCUUUGCAGCCCUCAAGUAUCUCACGGCAGAGAACAACAGCUAGCACAACGGAGCCCGUGUGCGGGGAACAGGGACACCGGAGGGAGGAGCCACUCAACGUUUGGGGCCCGGUCUUCAAACUUCAGACUGAGAAACACUUUCUGUUUUUAUAUCAUACCCGGCAGUUCUAACAGUAGAAAUUUGAAGUGACAUGUCUUCGGACUAUGCUCAUCCGCCCCUUCCCUGACUACCCCCGGCCUUUCAGCUUUAGCAUUCGUGAGGUGUCAGCGAGAUCGGCCGGCCACGCGCCCGCCGAGCCGCCGGAGGUGGGGCCUGGGCAGGGGCUGGGAAUGCACUCUGCUCUCCUACCUGCAGAGCAAAGACAGACCUUCAGAAUAUAGGAUUUCAUGUUGCUAUUUAAUAAUUUGACAUGCUUUUUAUCUGUAAAGGAAGAUCUUCGGGUCGCUGUCCUGUGAAUUUCAAAUCUGCACUACUCUAAAAGGGAACUUUUCGCCUGUGAACUUUCACAGGGGCCCUGUUAACAUGGAUGACCUUGUUAAUGCAGGAUGAGCCAAAGGUCUGAAUUAGCCUUGAAAAUGAAGGGGACGCUUAUACAAUACUGCACUCCAGAGAAGAGAACUCCUCUUUCAUUCUGUGCACAGAGUGGAUGGUACUCAGGGAGUGAAGCAGGUGGGUGAUGCUUCUUUUUACUUUUGCUCUUACUGAGCUUUGCAUAAUAUGAUAGCUGCCUUGAUUCUGAGCAAAGCCAGAUUUUUUUUUCUUUUUUUUUUUCCAAAGGAUAGGUUUAAGCUGUGAUUUAGGAAAAUCAAUUAUCCCCCAUGCUCUCGGGCUUUCUGAGCAGAACACCUGCCGUUCUGUUCUACAGGCUUUUCUUGUAUGGAGGGAUCCUAUGGAGCUGAUGGAAAUUACACACUCGGAGGCCUUGUAGCACUCACCCCCCAACCUAUGAAUGCUAACAGCUGAACAUGCAAGAGUGAUGAAUCCCAGCUCUGUCCAAGCAUGUCUGCUGCCCCUUUGGGAGCACUCUAAAGGCUAUCGGCACAGUCUGUCAGGUAAGCAGUGAAAAGAUGGAGUAAAUAAUUGGGGCGGCAUGAGGGGUUUGUUUUAAGUAGCCAAAUUUCUAGAGGAAUGAGGAAGGCAAAAGCAUUCUGAGGUCCCUCAGAAGAUCCGUUCGUAGGGUCUGUGGGUUCAACUAAGCUCAUUCUUGGCAUUUCUUAUCCAGCACUGGCCAGUGUGGCCCACCUGUAGUAAAUUCUGUGAGUUGUAAAAUUCAUGAAAGUCAGCACAGAGAUUAAACCAUUUUCAACUCAAAGAUGUUUAAUUUGUCUCAAUUCUUUGGAUUCCCACAUUGCUCCUUUGGUUCUCAUUAGAAAAAGAAAGAAAAAAAAAAAAAGGUAUAGCCGCUUGAUAACAGUAGGAGUCUGACUAUCCACCCUUUUUAAAUUGUCAGCACUGGGUCAAUGGUUGGGGAAAGCUGGAGUUAGCGAGGCUCGCAGAAUUUCUUCUUUUGAUCUGCCUGUGGAGGUGUUGUUCCAGCGGUGCUCUCCAGCAACAUUACAAGGAAAGGAAAACCUAUCCAAUGCUGAUUGAUCCAUGAACUCUUCAUCCAGUCAGAACUAACCAGCAGCAGCAGGAAGGAAGCUGCACCACUGUCUGCUUUGAGCUUUUUUAGAUGGCAGUAGUGAGUUCUGUAUGAAAUCUAUUAUUUUGAUGACAGACUUUGCUGAGCUUUUCUGCAUUUUAGGUGUAUACUCGCCGUGAGUGACAGAGGCCCCUUGGGGUCUGGAAGAGAUGGGACUCAGCAGUUUGCUGGUUCAGAAUGAGAGCAAGAGAUGCGUGUAUUUUCCCUCAACACCUUGCCCAGUGUUUAGUAAUUAUAUUAGCACCAAUUAAUCCAGCUGGCUUGAGACUCAGUGUUCAGGCUGGGCAGUAAGUGUCUGCUGUCUGUGUUGAUAAGAGAACAGACAGAUGAACAAAAUGAUGCCUUCUGCCCAUAACAUCAGUGAAUAUUGCCAUACCGGUUCAGAUGGCUUAUGGAGAGUUUACAUCUUUUACUUUUCACUGUUAGGGUUUAUUCAAAGAACAGCAAAGACAAUCCAAAAAACGAUGCGUUCUGUUAAGGACCCACAAGGAUUAACAUUGAUGGAAUUUUAUCAAUGCAGAAUUAGGUUAACCUGCCAGCUUUUUUCAUGAAUGCAGAGAAUACAGGCACUUUUUGUGAUGACACUUCAUACAGCAAAACAAGUGCAUGGAAUAUAAGCAACUCUCUGACCCAAAUAUUUUAUAAUUUUUAUUGCUUUCAUUUCCAUUUUCAUAUGUGAAACUAACAGUUUGCAAGACUUUUUGUUUUCUUAAGCUGAUACAGCUUUCUUCUGCAUCAGUCAGACUUGCAAACAUUGCAGCGUUGUCUGGGGUGAAGAACAGAACCGAGAGGUUGUGGAGAUGUCCUCAGCGCCACUUCAGUACAGAGCCCAGGGGGAUAUUCUUUGCUUUGUGCUAUCACAGGUUUUAUUUCUAUCUUAGCAAUGUCUCUUCCAGGAAGCACGAAAGACCACUGGCUUGUACUAUACCACCGCAUGAGUUCAUUGCUAAAGCAAUAUCAACACACUAUGUUUCUGGCAUGGCACCUGGGGCUCCACACAAAUUUCUUCUGCAAGGGUUUUUUCCAAUUUUAAUCUUCAAGCCUGAGAGAAAAUUCAGUGAUUUGAAGCUGUAAGAAUGGGAUUACUAUGCUUUGUUUUAUUUUUAACAUAUUCAUAUUAUUCAAACUUUUCUGUCCACUACACCCAUAUAUCUUCCAGAAAAAAAACCCAAACUGUUUUGAGACAAAGACAGUCAUUGCAAGCAAUCAACAACUGAAAUCAACAGCAUUUAUGAAGAUGAGUAUCCUACUCAAGCCAUAAGUUUUAGCACAAGUUUCUACAAUUUACAAAUUUGCUACUAUUUCUGUAGGGCUCAAUUUUAGGAUCCUUCCUCAGCCAGCUCUUUUUUUUCCACUUUUUCCACUUUUUCUCCACAUUCCCAACCCGCUGCACCCCUAAAUCCAUGUUUCUACCAGCCUUAGAUAGGUGUUAGCAGAUAUUUUAAAGACAGUAUAGCCAUUAUCUAGAGUGUUGAAGUGUGGUUAUAACCGUUAGGUAGAAAAAGACAUCUCUUCAUUGCUGGCUCCCUUAAACCAGCAAGGACUCAUUUAAAAAAUAAGAGAAAAACAAAUACUCGGGCUGCUGGGGGAGAGGAGAGCGAGAGACUUAGGCCUUUAAUACUGUUAAUGCCAAAACAAGAUCAGGUUGCUUAGGACCUGACACAUUACUGCAAGUUGUUAGCCAUGUGUAAGGUGGUGAUGGUGACUAUGUGUGGCUCUGGAAGAAACAAUUACUUUUGAAGACUCGACGUAGAUCAUUUGGUUUGAGGCCAUAGGUUUUGCAUUUCCUAUGCAUUUGAAUUGCCUUUCACAAAGCUGUCUCCCAGUAGCAUGGUUCCCAAUGGACAAGCACUGACUAGUGUAACAAGUCUAUAAACACUCCCUUUUCUUCUAAACUCACUGUAGGUCAUCUUGGCAUCACUUACUCUGUUUCUCCACCCUACAGCAGAGGGUCCAAAACUUGAAGAAAGAUGGCACCAAAGUGAUCUAAAUACCAAAUGUACAUUGCAAUGCCAGAAUCCCUACGUUUUUAGGUGCCCAGCUGGAAGCAUUCAGGCCCAGACUCAUCCCAUGAAACUUGGCAGCUGUCUGAGACCCAUUACGGUAGAGUUAGUCCCUCUGGUUUCCUUUGAUAAUCAAUGGAGUAAGCGGGACUUCUGCAGAGAGCAUUUGUGUUCACCGGAGCCCCUACAUCACCCUUUGCUCUCUGACUGGCAGAAAAGGUUACAGUGCUGAUGGUCUCCCCUCGGGUGGCUCAGGUGUACACCUCCCCAAAGUAACAUGGGACAAAUCUGGGCCAGUGAGCAUCACUUUUAGAGCUACCACCUACUCAUUUAAGAUUGCAGGUGUCAAAAUCCCCUGGAAAUUUAGCAGUAAGUGCUACAAGGCCAUAUACUCAAUAUUAGCUGACAAACUUGAAAACAACAAUCUAUAUGAUGGAAAACGUGUGGGCAGAUCAGCCAUGGGAGGGGGGUGAUUUGUGUACUCCAGAGGCUGUGAUACGCGUUGUGACAGACAGCGUGUGCUAACAGCCAGGAAAGCACUCCUUUUCAGCACAAAGCUGUGGGCUUCAUAAUGUAGGUUAAGAUAUUACCCCUGGCAUUGCUGGUCAGGAUGUGGAACGUUUGUUGUGCUGUAUUAUCACUGUGUAGCUCUGCCGAGAGCAGCGGCAGCAUUUGCAGUGUGUCAGCCACCACUUUUCCAAAAAUGCAGGUAAGAAAUCCAUGAGAAAGAA